AUGCUGGCCGAUAUGGAAAAGGAAGAGUGGUAUCACGGGUGUCUCCCCCUGGAAGAUAUAGUCGGCUUGUUGCAGAAAAACGGAGAUUUUUUAAUACGCGGACUCGAGCCGGACGGAGAAAGAAUGGCAACGGCAUGUGUGACCGUAAAAUGGGAGGACAAAGUUCGUGAUAAUCCGGUCCACUACUCGAAGCUUGGAAAGGACCAAACAUUCACUAUAGACGGGCGAAAUAAGAAAAGUGAUAUCAUGAGUCUAGUCAAAUUCCACUACUCGUCUAAAACACCAGUGAACGAAGGUGCACAACUACAACAACCAAUUUCGAAACAACCUUGGGAGCUGACCAGCGACAAAAUCACUCUGAGCUCAAAAAUUGGGGCUGGAACAUUUGGAGAAGUAUGGCAGGGUUUGAUGGUUGAUGAACCUAACAAACCUCCAAAAACAGUUGCCAUAAAAAAGGUAAGCUUUUCGGAACGGACUUUCCUCAUAAUGAGUGCUUUCUGUUUAUGA